AUGGAGAAGAAGUUAAGGAUGGAGAAGAAGUUUCGGAUGGAGCAGAAGUUUGGAAUGGAGGAGAAGAACGAAGAAGGAGAAGAAGUUAAGGAAGAAGAAGUUCUUGAUGGAGAAGAAGUUAAGGAUAAAGAAGAAAGUAUGGAUGGGGAAGAAGUUUGGGAUGGAGAAGAAGUUUGGAAUGGAGUAGAAUCAACUAAGUAUGGAGAAGAAAUUAAGGAAGAAGAAGUUAAGGAAGGAGAAGAACUUUUGGAUGGAUAG